ACAAAGCAUUUAUAAAUUACUAUCAUGAAUGGUUGGGAAAGCCGAAAGUGACAAAUAUCUCAAAUUCACUAUCCCACGUACAGAACAUGUUAUCGGAUCCGCUCUCUGGCCAGGUAUUUAUACAAAAGGAAACAAGGUUAAAUAACAGACUUGUAUCAGACGUCAUGCGCUAUGAUCCAGUCAGCAAUACAUUUGAAAACAUUAUGAGAAUCCAUACGGCAUAUGAAGGGGUAGCAUUUGAUUACAUUGGCAAUAACUUGUAUAUAUCAAACACACAAAACAAAUCUAUCGAGGUAUACAAUGUAAAAACCUUGGCAAUGACGGUCAUUCAUUAUUUUCAAAAUUAUCCUUUAUCUAUUGCAUUAGCGCCCGAAGAAAGCAAAAUGUUCGUACUGUUCAAAACAGCCAGAAAUUGGCAUAGCGAUUCUUAUAUAUAUGAAAUGAGAAUGGACGGACUUGGUGAAAGAAAGUUAGUUACGAACUUGACAGGUCUAACGGUACCAUCAAUGUAUUACGAUAGAGACAGUAGAACACUCUUUCUGAGUGAUCGGAAUGCUGGUUCCAUCUUAUCUUACUCGAAUAACGACACGCAUGUUUUUCGUACUGGAUUAAAGAUGCCUAAAAGUCUUACUGUCGCCGGUGACAAUAUUUUUUGGAUUGAAGUGUCGUCGAGGGCAUUAUACUGGACAAGUUUUAAAGCAGUUUCGAACCAUAAAGCUGUUGCGUUCCAUAUACCCGAUGGCCUUAUUGUUCGAUCAAUGAUGUCACUUGUGGUAACUUUGCGCAAAGAUGCUAAACAGGAGCACGAUUGUCAGAAAAAUAAUGGAAAUUGCUCACACGUGUGUUUGCUUUCCUCCAUUACUUCAUUUAUUUGUGCUUGUCCUCCCGGAAUGGAGCUAUCAUUAAAUGACAAUCGUACGUGCAUUUUGCAUCAUGAAUGUCCUAAGAACGAAUAUAAAUGCAGCGAGCACAACGUGUGCAUAAAAAAGGAGCAAUUGUGCGACGGUGUCGCGCAUUGCCCGAACGGUGAAGAUGAGACGAUAGAUUGCAAGGAAAAGGGGAAACGUUGCAAGGAAGAUCAGUUCAUGUGUAAAAACGGCGAGUGCAUCAGUUCGAAAGGUCGUUGUAACUCGCAUUUUGAUUGCGCCGAUCAGUCGGACGAGGAGAACUGCGAAAAACCGAAGUGCAGAAAAAAUGAAUUUCAAUGUCGCGAUGGAACUUGUAUACUGGAUGCCAAAGCAUGCAAUGGCGUUUUCGAUUGUGGCGAUUAUAGCGAUGAGCAAUUUAAUUAUUGCGAAUCGCGCACGUGCGCUACAGACAGAUUCAUGUGCAACGAGGGUAAUUGCAUUCCGAAGAGUUUCGUAUGCGACGGCCUGCCCGAUUGCAUGGACGGAUUGGAUGAAGCACACUGUAAGCCACAAUACCCAAUCGUCAAUAUCAGUUCAAUAUCAACGAACCGAUGUCAAGAUGGAUAUUUCCAAUGCGCCAAUGAUAAUUGCAUAUCUCUUUCGCUGAAGUGCGACGGCAUCGACGAUUGUCACGAUGGCAGCGACGAGAGACAUUGCUCAAGUGAACUAAAUUACAUGGUUAAUUGCACCGCGAAUGAGUAUCACUGUUUGAACACUAAUUUAUGUCUCCCGAAAAAAGUAAGAUGCAACGGCGUAGAUGACUGUCCGGGACACGAUGACGAGCACGAUUGCAAUCUUUGUUCCGAGGGAUAUUUUGCCUGCGACAAUAAGAAGUGCAUUCGGGAGUUUUGGGUAUGCGACAAGGACGACGAUUGCGGCGACAAUUCAGAUGAGAAGGACUGCGACGGCAAUAAAAAGAUGAUCACCGAAUCUGGCAAAUGUGACGAAUUCAAGUGUUUUGCCGGCACUUGUCUGCCAUACAGCAAAGUAUGCGACGGUAAUCGAGAUUGUCCAGACGGUAGCGAUGAAAACGGAAAAUGCCAGAGCGCCUGUACGAGGAGGGACAAUUAUUGUAAAGGUGUAUGUUACAAGACACCAUUAGGCGCAGCUUGCGGCUGUCAGGAUGGAUAUCGCUUGGCUGCCGAUAUGAUUUCUUGCGAGGACAUAAACGAAUGCGAACAGGACGUUUGCUCGCAAAUUUGUCGAAACACUGUGGGCUCUUACGAAUGCUCGUGCUACGACGGAUAUAUUCCCCGUUAUGACCAAGUUUCUUGCAGAGCUAUCGGACCGACAAUGGAAUUCAUUACUGCCAGUGAGAAUGAUAUUAGGAGGAUCUCGUCUAAUUUACACUUCGUUGAAAUAAUUGAUUCAUUAACGGACUCGAGUGUAAGCGGUCUCGACGUGAACGCGAUCCACGACACUGCUUAUUGGAGUAGCGAUGAGUUCGGCACUAUUAAAAAAAUCAACGUUUCAACGAAGAAAAUAAGCACAGUUAGGAUUGUUGAGCAUCCGCAGGCACUCGCAGUCGAUUGGAUUACUGGUAACGUCUAUGUCAUUGAUAACGGCCGGCCGAAUACGAUUAAGGUAUGCGAUUUGGAGAAACAAAUAUGUGCGACGCUGGUCAAGAUAGAAGAUAAUAAGGCAAAAGUAGUGUCCCUUAUAGUUGACCCGAUUAACAAAUUGCUAUUCUGGACUCAAAUCACUUGGGAUACGGUCCAGCCGUCCAGCAAAAUAUAUCGAGCAGAUAUGAUGGGCUUGGACAUAAAGAUGAUCAAUUCUCAUACAGGCUUCGUGACCGGGAUGGUAAUCGAUCAUAUAAAAUCUAAAUUAUAUUGGUCGGACAGUUACCUGAGAACCAUUGAAUCAUCUAAUUUGGAUGGAAGCCAAAAUAGCACGUUCUUACUAACAAAUAUAUAUCGUCCGUUAGGCAUCGGUAUGUAUGAGCAGUCGCUUUACUGGUUUAUGGGCUCGAAUGGUCAACUGCAAAGUUGUAAGCUGUAUGGUAAAAGACAGUGCGAAACGAUAGAUCUAGGCACAAAUAAUAUUCACAAGUAUUUCGCGAUUCAUCAUAUUUCCACACAACCUUCCGGUAAAAAUCCUUGCGACGGAAAGUAUUGUGACUAUAUGUGCGUUCUGAAGAAGGACAACGCAACAUGUAUUUGUUCAGAUGGUCAACCGAUACAGUCCAAUAGCACUUGCUCGACAAUGAAUGAGGUGAAACAUGCUCCUAGAAGCAGUUGCUCGUCAAGGAAUACACGGAAUACAAGUGGCGUUUAUAGCAUAACAAUAAUCGUAUUGUUAGUUUGUGUUCUGGCGUUAUGUGUUUACUACUACUAUCAAAAAAACAGAUUAAAAUCGAAAUCAGCAAGCGAUUUAAGCUGCAACAGCAUUCGCUUCCAAAAUCCCUCGUAUGAUCGAAGCGACGAGGUUGAAGUAACACUCAACUCGAUAGCCACAGAUUUAGCUUCUGGACAGCACGAAUAUGUUAAUCCUAUCGAUGAAAAAUUUUUGAAGACUGCAAUGGAAUAUAGCACACAGAGAUCAGAUGAAUGCUCGGAGGAAAAGAAUGUCGAAGAGACAGAUAAAGAAAGCGCGUUGCUAUAUUUCGCAAAUUAAAAUAAUUCAACUACACUCGGGGAAAUAUCUCAAGAGUUAAUGUGUAAAAAUGAAAAAGUUAUUAGUUAGUUAACAAGAUGUUUUACAUGACUAAACAUUUCUUAAUGUUUAGUAUUAUAAAUAGCAAGACGCUAUUGGUGAAUGUGCCUAUAAAUGUAAUGUAUAUAUAGAUAUUAUGUACGUAAUUCACAAUCAGACACUUGGAUAUACUUAUUCAUAAUCGCUAUGCGUUAAGUAUACCAAAUGGGUUACGUUAUGUAUAGCCAUGUUCUACAAUAUCUGUAUCAAACGUGAAUAUUUCUUAGCCUACGCAUUUCGUCACUGCCGGGUGAAGCGAGGCGGAUUGUCGUUCUUAUCAGCAAUUUCGAUUUGGAACACCUGUUGUCCUUUAUAGUGCUUGCCGGUUCUGAACAAGGCACUCGGAGAAUUAUCCGUUGCUAUUAUUUUCACAUUGUAGAUAUAUCUUUGACUUCUCUGUCGAAUGUCACUAACGUGGUGAUAUUACCAGUUUGCGGGUCGAUGGCAAAGAGGUCCUUGAAGUUCUCCAACUCGUAGCUAACCUGAUUAUUAGCGGAUGUUCCAUCAAUGUCAAUGGCUCGCAGUUGCAACACAGGAACUCCUCGGGGUUCGUUCUCUAACACGCUUCCUCUUUUGAUAUUACGUAAGACCGAAAUGUUGUCAUUUAUGUCUAGAACUUUGAUAUCGACCACCGUUUCAGCAGCUAUAUAACUGAUACUUGUUUUGUACUCUCACUAUUAAUGAGUAUUGCGUGUUACUCUCGUAAUCAAGAUGCUGAGAAAGCUUGAUAUUUGUUACAUCUUUAUUGGAUUCCAAUCUAAAAGUGUUCUUCUUGUUGGUUUGUUCUGUCCGGCCGGUCACGAGCUCAAACAGUAGAUACGAAUUGUCCGAAUUACUAGAAUUUUCGAUGUUGGAAACCGCUUUCAAACGGACAAUACUAGAAUCGAAGUCGUUAAAAUUCUCAUGGGUAUUGGGUAAAUGAUGAAAAGUAAAAUAUGGCUAUAUAAAGUGUUGUUAUGUAAAAUAUAUUUAUUCUUAAUUGUUUUUGCAUGUUCUAUUUCAAAUUUGCAACAUGCUCAAGCAUGAUGUAAUUUUUAUACAAGACUAUAAGCUAUAAAAAAUUUGUACAUACAUUCAUUUAUAAUAUAUCAACAUCAACAUUUAUAUCAACAUUAUGUAUAUUCUCAUACAUGAAUUAUCCGUUGAAUUAUCUAUCGUAAUACGUCAUAAAAAUAUAAUAUUGUUUUUACAAUUUUGUAAAAUAUUUAAU